CUAAUUAACAGGCAAGUCUACCAGUCCCCCCCAUUAUCUACCAUUUCUUUCAAUAAAUUAAUCAUUUAUAUUUUGAUUUAAAUUCUACUUUUAAAGCAAUCAAAACCCCCAUAAGCCUUUACUUUCCAAGAUGGCUGAUGAUGAUGAUAAACAAGUGAUUGAAGAGAAAAAGAGUGAUGAUAAAAGCAAGAAAAACAAGAAGAAAAGAGGGAUAUUUUCAAGAAUAUGGAAUGCAGUGUUUAGAUUAAGAAGUGGAGAUGAUUUUGAAAAAAGAUUGCAAUUUAUAUCUAAAGAAGAAGCUACUCUUCUUUCUAGAAUCAAAAGAAGAUCUUUGAGAUGGAGAAUUACUGCUAGGAAUUUGAUCAUCUUUUCUUUUCUUCUUGAGGUUGUUGCAGUGGGUUACGCUAUAGUGACAACAAGAACAGUGGACUUGGACUGGAGAAUGAGAUCAUUACGAGUCUUGCCCAUGUUUCUUUUGCCUGCUUUAUCAUUCGCUUUGUAUUAUGGACUUUCAAGCUUCACAAAAUACUGUGAUCACAGGGAUCAGAAAACAUUAGAGAAACUUCGGGCCGAAAGGCAAGCAAAAAUUGACGAGCUUAAAGAGAGAACUAAUUACUACAUUACUCAGCAACUUAUUCAGAAAUAUGACCCCGACCCUGCUGCAAAAGCAGCUGCUGCGUCUGUUCUUGCAUCCAAAUUGGGUGCUGAUUCAGGUCUGAAAGUAUAUCUUGGAGAUGAGUCACAAUCAAAUCAAUAUGCUGCAGGAAAGAGCAGUGAUGUUGAGGUACAACAAUCUACAGGUGGUCUUCGGAAACGAAACCAAUCAACCUCUAGAUCACCUAGAAGCAAUGCAGCACCCCUUACUGAUCAAAAUGAGGCUGCUGAGAUUUCUCAACAUAGUCAACUCGUUGUUGACCAUCACAAUCCUACUGCUUCAGGAGGUCAAGAUGGUGGUUGGGUUGCUCGAAUUGCCGCCUUGCUUGUGGGUGAGGACCCGACACAAUCUUAUGCACUUAUAUGUGGGAAUUGCCAUAUGCAUAAUGGACUUGCAAGAAAGGAGGAGUUCCCAUUCAUCACUUACUAUUGUCCUCAUUGUCAUGCCUUGAAUAAACCAAAGAACUCAGCACCACCUUCAGAUACAAUGUCCCCUGUUUCGGAUUCUCCAAACAUAGGAAUUACAGAUGCUAAAAAAAUUGAACAAAUUAAUGAGUUGGUGGGUGAAAAAGUAUCCGCCGCUGCUAGCAGUCCCGUAGCAGCACCUGUAGUGAAAGAGAAAGAAACAAGUGACGAGCAAGUGGCAGAGGAUCUUGCAAGUCAUUAAGGGAGUUCUACGUAGAUUGCAUGCUGACAAGUGUGGUGUUAUGUUGUGGGAAGUUUGUACCGGGCUUUCAUGGUACCUUUGUUGUGUAACAGAAAAAGAGAAUUUUGAUGAUGUAUCAUUAUAGUGGGACAUUGAGUUAAUAUACACAUGUAACAAAUGUUUGCGUUCACAGUUCGUUUUUCUUUUUCUUUUUUAUUGUCAAUCGUUGAUGUCAUAGCCUAUUGUUUUGGGGACUUCAUUCGAGUCUGGUUUGUGGUUUGUAUAGACAACAUUCUCAAACCAGAAAUGAAAAUCCGCUUAUGAAAGGAUGCAAGAGAAUGACAGAGUCAUCUUACAGAUAUUUUACCGUCUAUUUUUCAGGAGUUAGAUUGUGUUUUACUGGUAAGAUUUGCUUCUGUAAAGAAUUUGGAAAUGGAACCCCAAGUAUUUUGGAAA